AUGGAGGCGGAACCAGAGCCAGCAGAGCCUCUUACCGCCAACCAGAAAUCCAUCAGGGCCGCACUCGCCCAGGAGAAUCAGCGAUGGAUGCACCAGUUCAACCUCAUUGACGAGCAGAACAACCGAAGAGGUGUCGAAUUCACGGCAACAGAGACCUUUCGGGAAAGAGACGGACGCAGGCUCGUUGUCAGGCAGUUUACGAAGAAGAGGACGAGGAGCUCGCCCGCGCCAACCACUUCGUCAGGACACGCUCAUCCGGCUCCUACACGUGCUCAGAACGCCCGCAACAUGCAGAGCAAUCAACCUCGCUUCGACUCCCUGCGCCGUGUCAGAGACAGCGCAGUACAAAAGCUUCGUCGUGCGAAAAACACCACAGUCAACAAGCUUCGCCCGGCGAUGAACACCACAGUCAGCAAGCUUCGCCCGGUGAUGAACACCACAGUCAAAAUCCUUUGUUGGACAGGAAAUCUCGUAGACCGCUUGAUACCAGAGUCUCCAUACGUUUUGGCCGGCAUCAAUGUUGCACUGGCUAUUGCGAUCGCGUACACGAACAGCAGAGCAGCGCAUUACCAGGCUUUGCUGCCGAGUCCUCCUGCAGAAUGA